AUGGUUUCGUUGUGGGUUUUGUCCGGAAUAGGCGGAACUUCCGCUUCCGGCGGGGCCGUCCUUAGCGGCGGAGAUGGCGGCGACAGCGUCUGAGGCCACGGCCUCCGGCUCUGGAGAGUCCCGGGAGGAGGCCGAAACGCCAGGUCCCGCCUGGGAUGAAUCUCAGCUUCGAACUUACAGCUUUCCGACCCGACCCAUCCCGCGUCUGAGUCAGAGCGACCCCCGGGCAGAGGAGCUGAUCGAGAAUGAGGAGCCUGUGGUGCUGACCGACACGAAUCUGGUGUAUCCCGCCCUGAAAUGGGACCUGGAAUACCUGCAAGAAAACAUUGGCAACGGAGACUUCUCCGUGUAUAGUGCCAGCACCCACAAGUUCCUGUACUACGACGAGAAGAAGAUGGCUAACUUCCAGAACUUCAAGCCACGGUCCAAUAGGGAGGAGAUGAAGUUUCAGGAGUUUGUUGAGAAGCUGCACGAUAUCCAGCAGCGUGGUGGGGAAGAUAGGUUGUAUCUGCAGCAAACACUCAAUGAUACUGUGGGCAGGAAGAUUGUCAUGGACUUCUUGGGCUUUAACUGGAACUGGAUUAAUAAGCAACAGGGAAAGCGUGGCUGGGGACAGCUGACUUCUAACCUGUUGCUCAUUGGCAUGGAAGGAAAUGUGACUCCUGCUCACUAUGAUGAGCAGCAGAACUUCUUUGCUCAGAUUAAGGGCCACAAGCGAUGCAUCUUGUUCCCUCCGGAUCAGUUUGAGUGCCUCUACCCAUACCCUGUCCAUCACCCAUGUGACAGACAGAGCCAGGUGGACUUUGACAAUCCUGACUAUGAGAGGUUCCCAAAUUUCCAAAACGUGGUUGGUUAUGAAACAGUGGUUGGCCCUGGUGAUGUUCUUUACAUCCCAAUGUACUGGUGGCAUCACAUAGAGUCAUUACUAAAUGGGGGGAUUACCAUCACUGUGAACUUCUGGUAUAAGGGUGCUCCCACCCCUAAGAGAAUUGAAUAUCCUCUCAAAGCUCAUCAGAAAGUGGCCAUCAUGAGAAACAUUGAGAAGAUGCUUGGAGAGGCCUUGGGGAACCCACAAGAGGUGGGGCCCUUGUUGAACACAAUGAUCAAGGGCCGAUACAACUAGCCUGCUGGGAGUCAAGGCCUCCUGCCAGGUGACUGCUGUCCCGGCCACACCGCUUCAUUGAUGAGGACGGGAGCCUCCAAGUACUAGAAUUGCACGCUGCACUUCAUGGACUGGACUCUUGCCAUGGCCUGGAGGAAGGUGUAUGGGGCGAGGCAGGGUGGUUGGCACUCCACUGCCAUCUGGAGGGACUUCUUAUCCUUGCCUCUGGUGCCCCAACACCUCCCCUCUCUGCCCCCCUAAAGUCCUGCAUUCAGUGUGUAGAGUCCCAGCUUGUGGUUGUCAUCAUGUCUGCGUGUUGGUCUGUCAACCUUGGGAUGUCUGUGUCCAUACACACACAUGUGUAUCUGUCCUGCUUCCCCUUCCUUUGGGUCAGGAUGUUACUUCUGGCUCUCAGCCCUGUCUCCUGUAACCUCAGUGCCUCAGCCUGAGAGAGGAGAUACUCUGGGGUCCCUGCUGCAUCUGGGCUACAGGGCCAGAGCUAGGCUGACCGUUGGGGCAGUCAGCCUCCCACUGGGUUUUUACAUUGUCGGGAUCUAGGCCAGAAGGGAAUGGCUACUGGGACUCUAAUGACUGAGAGAGUGGCUUGUCUUGAAGAGCCUAGAACGCCUUCCAGUGAGCGAGAAUUAGCCAGGGUUCCAGCUGGGACCUGUAAGCUCAAGCCAUACACAGGAAGGAACCUUGGGACUUAAAAACCAAGGGCUGUGCAGAAAUUCCAAAUUAUAGACACAUGCAGCUUUUCUCUUUCAGCACCAGCUCUUACCCCUGUGCUAGGUAUCCAGGGAGUUGUAGCUGUGGUUCCUUCAGGUUCUAAGUGUGCAAGCCUCUGUGUGUUUACGUGUACAUGUGUGCGUGCACCCACACACACUUUAAUUCAUACGCAUGUGUGCCUGCACCGGCCAGUCUCCAUGCUCACCUUGUUCAGUGGGACAAUGCAUUGUGGUUCCUCAGAAGUACUGCCUAAAGCUUUUUAACUUGGAUUUUAGCCAUCCUUUAUUGGUCAGGUCUCACUAGAGCCUGCCUUAGGCUAACUGGCUAGAACCUGCAGGCCCAUGAUGACCCUUCCUGCCCAGGUCACAUCCUCUACUCCUGCUGAGUUCCUGGCUCAGGAGAUGAAACGGGGUCAAGCUGAGGCAGCUAACUCACUACCGUUCAUCCACCUCAGGGCAAGGGUGAAAAUGUACCCUUGCCUCUUAAAAGCCAGCACCCCUGCCAGUCCCAGUGUUGUGUUCCACAGCACCCUCAGGAGUCAGGAUCCCUGGUAGAGCAUGGGAAGAGAAUGGCUUUUUCUGUUGGUUACUUACAGGCACCCCACUCAGAGCUUCAGCUUACAGCUGGGCAGCUGUGGAGCGCACAGCUUGAAAAGCCAAUGUUCACAGCUAUUUAGUGGGAAUGGGAUCUCUGGAACUAGGCGGGGUGGUAGCCCUGUGUCUACUUCCAUUUGUAUCAUCCCCUUCUCCCAGGAAGGGAGGAGGGAAUUGGAAGUUUCUGGUUUUAUUUUGGUUCCUUUUUUUUCCCCCCAAAGGUUUAUUUCCCAGUGUCUGAACUAUGGCACCCCUAACAGUCAGUUUACAGUGCCCUGUUGGACUGAGCUCUGUGUGUGUGUGUUUGUGUGUGUGUAUCUUGAGGAGGGCUGUUUAUUUUGAACACCUCAUUGCUGGUGUUCUUUGAUGCAGUGUGGAUGUGCAGACAAGGUUCCUUCUCAAGUGUAGCUCUUUCAAAUAUAGCUAAUGCUGGGAAA